CAGCAGCCGUUCAACAUGUCGGACAACAGGAGGUUCGGAGUGCCGAGGGACGGCAACUGGCUGCACUAUGUCGGCGACUGCGGCGCGGUGGCUGCCUACCUGGAGACCAGGUCCACGUCCACGGGCUGGGUCAUCGUCAUGUUCUUCGACGCGCUGCUCAGGUCCUUCGGCCAGGUACCAGCAGGCGCGACUCCGGUGGUCCCCGUCGACCCCUUCUUCUUCUACCCCUCGUGUCCGCAGCUGGUCCUGGCCAACAACCCCGUGAGCGGCGCCGUGCUCCUGACAGCGCUGUGCGCCGUGCAGCCGUGGGCCGGGCUCGCCGCCAUCACCUGCGCCUCCAUCGCCGUCCUCGUGGCCGCCGCCGCGGGGCAGCAGCGCGCCGCCGUGAGCGCGGGGAUGGCGAGCUGCGCGGCGGCGUUGUUGGGGGCGGCCACCGUCAGCCUGCUGCAGCCCGAGGCGCUCAACGGCCGCGUGUGGACGCUGCUCACCGUGGGGGCCGUCGUCAGCGUGUACGUCACCUCGUCCUUCAGCACCCUGGUCUCGGCCGUGCUGCCGCCGGCGUGGUGGGGCGGCGGCCGACCUCGCCGUCGAGGCCGCGGUCACGAGGAGGGCGACGAGGAGUCCGCGGGGACGCCGGCGCCGGGCAAGGGGCCAUGGCCGCCGCUGUUCGCACUGCCGUACGGCCUCCUGCAGCUGGUGCUGUUCCUGUGCCUGCUGCACUCCCAAGACGGGCUGGCGCUGCGGCCCGCCGCCCCGGCCUUCAUCGAAGCCGACGUGCUCGCCGUCAACGCCACGCACCACAACGCCACGCACCACAACGCCACGCUCAACCCAACGCCCGCUCCGGCCGAGGACGUUGACGUGAACGUGACGAGGGUGCGCGAGUUCUACGACAUCGACCACCUGGACUGGGGGCAGAUGUUCCAGGGCGUGCUGGUGUCCGCGUCGCAGGUCGUGGCCCUGGAGGACCCCGCCGUGUCCGCCGCGGUCUACAUCGCCCUGCUGCUGUUCUCCCCCGCGGCCGCGUGCACCGCGCUGGCGGGCGCUUUUCUCGGCAGCAUGGCCGGCGUGGUGCUGCUGGACCCGCCCUUCACGGCGGUGUACCGCGGGCUGUGGGGCGUCAACGGGCUGCUCAGCAUGUGGGCCGUGACGGCGCACUCGUUCGUCGUGUCCUGGCACAGCCUCGCCGCCGGCGUGGCCUGCGUCUGCCUCACCGCCGGGCUGCAGGCCGCCGUCGAGCCGCCCCUCAGGAUGUGCGGGCUGCCGGUGCUGCUGCUGCCCCACAGUGUGGCGGCCCUCGCCUUCCUGCUCGUCGCCUCCUCGGCCAAGACGGGCUUCGUGAGGCCCGCCGUGCUGUCCUUCCCGGAGAAGCACAAGUACGACUUCUGGACGGAGCAAGAGGAGGACGAGGCCUUCCAGGCCGACUCUAGGGAGCGCUUGCCGACGAAGCGGCCCGUCGGCCCGGACUGACACGCCGCGCACGCCGCGCACGCCGCGAUCCCAAACGUGUCUCGAUUUCUUUUUGUACUGCCCG